AUGGCCAUCCAGACUUCCUCUACUCCCACCACGUUUGCCAUUUCUCCCGAGGUCUUUGGCCUCAAGCGCAGAUUGAGUGCAAGCCCGCGCACUCGGUAUCAGCAAAAUAUGGAUCCCGAAUCCCUCGUGAACUCGUUCGGCGCCAUUGGCCUGGACGGCUCCAAGACCCAGACACAACCAGCAUCAGGCGUUAAUACGACCCCCCUCGGCUCUCGCAGCAACCAGUCUCCCCUCAAGGAUGUUACCAAUCACCUCGCCGAUGCGCCGCCUGUGGCCGCCUUGCCCUUCUCAAUCACUGGAAACCAGUCCGGCUCAAUCGCCUUCGCGCAGAACACCAUUGCCACCCACCCCAUCCCCACCAGCGCAUUCAUCACCGAUCCUAAUGCGAUUGUAGCUGGCGCGCGCGUUUCCACUACCACCUUUGUCCGCCCUCCCCUCCCCUCUAGCCAGGCCAGCGCACCUAUGCUGCAAAAGCCCUCUAUCACUGCCAGCGCCUUUAACUGCAACCCCAACACCUUCGCUGCCGCCUACAACGCGCGCAUCCCAAUGUUUAGCGUUAAUAUCUCCCCUUCCACGGCUAGCGCAUUCGGGUUGCCGAGCACCUGGACCGCUGUCUCUAACUUCCAAGAAGAAGAACCCAUGGACGUCGACGACCCGUACGCCAUGGAGAUCUGCCUCCCCGACCCCGAUGCGAUGGACACUUCUCCGAACAGCGAGAACUACACCGUCCCCUUCUUCCCAUACCAUGGCCCUCAAGGGUUUGCGGCACCGCAGUUUGGACGCCUCUUCCAGCCCCAUACACGCGCCGCCCGCUCGUCCGGAGCUCUACUCUCUGCCUCCUCGUCAGCCGUGGUCUUCUACGCUCACUGA